AACCCAUUCCGUGAACGAAGUCAUGACCGCCAUAUUGUGUAAUAGGUUGUCAUUUCAAUUCUUAUCAGUAGAACUGCUGAAUUUUUGUCAUAAUAAAACCGCAGUGGCGAGAUCUGUGCAAUGAAAACAAAUUUUUCGCGUGUGAAAAUGCAUUGAACGUGUAAUUUGUGCUCACCCGGCCGCCUCUCCAUACCGGACACGUUAUCAUGUGGCUUUUACUUGUGCGGGCGUAAACAGCAUCGGGAAACAAAAUAGCGAAAAUUCUGAAAUCGAAAACGCAUCACGCCGAGAGAGAAAAAAGAAGUGUCGUCGCGCGAGGCGAGUAGUGGAAAAAACAUCACGCAUAGUUUUUGUUAUGGUUGGACGGUGAGACGUUUUGUGUCGCGCGUAGAGCAAAAAACAGAGAAAUAGACGAAAUAAGCGCAGCGAGCGGGGAGCAGGAGCGGCAACGGCGGCAGCACCAUUGCAAAGAAAACGCGAAGCAGGCAACCUGAAGACUACAUCAAAGAUGGCGAAUCCGCGCAAAUUCAGCGAGAAAAUCGCCCUGCAGAAGCAGAAACAGGCCGAAGGGACGGCCGAGUUCGAGAAGAUCAUGCGGGAGGUGUCGGACGCAACGUCAAAGCAAGAUGAUCCCAAUUAUAGUCAACGCUUCGCAGAAAGUGGUAUUCAAAACAAAACAAAUAAUAGCGCAUCACCUAGUAUAAAUGUUAGCAGAGAAUCAAGAGGUCGUAGUGUAGGUUUAGGUCCCAUGCGACGUCCAUCGGAAAGGAAAAAUGAUAGAUCUCCAUAUGGCAGUAGCACAACAGCAUACUUAAGUCCGCCAAAUGAUUCGUAUUGGCGACGAGCGAGCUCUGACUCGGCAAUACAUCAGAGUCUCAUACAAACACCUGAAAAACAUCAUGGGUCUCAUUCUCCAAUCAGUCUUAGUCCAACAGCUCAAAGACGUGCAGUUCAUAUUAAUCAAAAUACAGAUAGUAGGCAUUUUUUAAAUAAUUCAGGAAGUCGGCACUUAUCGAAUGUAGAUGUUCGGCAAACUUCACCUGUUAGUCUGUCCAGAGUACCUAGUGUAAAUCCUUACCCUUCAUCUCAUGAUGGCUCUUUAUCGACGCCUAUAGGAAAUAAUACCGGAUCGUUACCAGACUUAACAUCUGUUCAUUUUGCACCGCCAUUAAAUACUCCUCUGGAUAAAGAGCAAGAACAUUCGAGCAGUCCGUACAGUUCGAGUCCAAUAACAACAUCACCGACCGCACUGUCGCCAACAUCAAUGCCAAACAGGUAUCAAUAUUCACCUGCCCAUUCUCCUAGUGACAGCAAUACUUAUAGUCCAACACAUUUCUCAUCAAAUGCUCGUCAGAAUUUUCUAACAGUCCCUGGUAGCCAUAAUAGCACUCAUCACUUUAGUAGUAAGGAAGGACAAUUCGAUAAUCUUUACAAUCCUUCAGACAUUGGUCAAACAACGCAUUUGUCAUUUACAAAUUUACCGGGCUUGAUACAUGUGAGAAAUUCAAACAUAUCAAAUAAUAAUGUUUUACAUAGUUCCCAUGGUAACCUAACGUCUAUUGGAAUGGCUCCGGCGAAUAUGACGGAAUAUAGAAAUCCUCAAUGUCGACCUAGUCCAGGUUCAAGUCCAGGCUUGAUACCGAAUAUACCGACAAGUGAUUCAAAUCCAAGUGCGCCUUGUAGUCCUGUUCCACAAAAUCCAAGCAGCAGUAGUAGUAGCCAAACUUAUGAUAGUUACCAAAGCCAAAAUAAUGAUGGAUACAAUUUAAAUCAGUCGUUUCAAAAUCACAUAACUUUGGAUUGGGCAACGUUAUUUCAAAGUUUGCUUGAAUCAGGCUGCACAUGGACGGCACAAGUGCAGGUUGAUAAUACGACGCAGGAUUAUCUGCCAAAUAUACAAUCUUCGCAAAACAAUUUUGGUUCUAUACAGUUUGAUGAUACUGCAUUUGCUCAGCUUGGCUCUCUUUCGAAUACAACAAGUCAUCAGCAUCAGCAACAGACACAACCUCAACAGCAUCAACAAUCGCAACAACAGCAACAACCUCAGCAAUUACAACAAGUCAAUCGAAAUAAUUACAAUACGCAACAACAAGAGAUGAAUACGAAUAAGAACGACGCGAAUUGUACGACACCUACAAAUUCCCGGUACGCUACAAAUUCCAACUUGAUUCCUCAGAAUUCGCAAAACAUGACGGGCGAUCAGCAGAAUUCACAUCUGCACAACAACUAUCAAACAGCGAAUACACCGACGAGUAUACCUGAAAUCGUAUUUUCCGACUUCUCAACAGCAAAUUCCGACUUUUCUCGAGAUUUUUCAAAUUUUUCAGAGAUUUUUAGUUCGUUAGAUUUGGAAUUAGGUCCAAUGGAUAUGGCUGGAAUGCAAAUGUUACAUGAUCCAAACGCGACAAUGAUAGCCGAUCCCACGAUCGAGGAUAGCUUUCGAAGAGAUCUUAAUUAGAUAUGUACUACUACUUUUACUAAGAUUUAAAAAUUCGAAAAAUUCAAAAAGAAAAAAUAAAUUUAAACAUUUAAAAUGUAUACAUUUAAAAGUGCGAAAAAAAGCAAUUAAAAAAAUAUUUAAAAUCUUACUAAGUAAGUUAAUUGUAAUUCUUUUUUUAUUUUGCAAAAAUAUACGUUAUAGAUUUAAAAUAAGUAA